AGCUCGCGGGAGCCCGGACUUCUGCGAGCAUCUGCCGAAGCUUUCCCAGUAAGAUCUGUCUUUACUAACAAAAUUCGAGUCUUGGUGGACGGUCGGAGGAGAGCCCGAGGUUGGGAUGGAUGUUGAAGAAGGCGGCGGUGGAGAAACAGGGGAAAAAUUCUUGAAAAUGAACAAAAAAAGUAAAAAAAAUGAGAAGCAAGAAAAGAAACCAACUGUCAGUAUAUUUACAAUGUUUCGCUAUUCAAAUUGGCUUGAUAGGUUGUAUAUGUUGCUGGGAACUGUAUUCGCCAUCAUUCAUGGAGCUGGGCUUCCCCUCACCAUGCUGAUCUUUGGAGAUAUGACGGAUAGCUUUGCAAAUGCGGAAACGUUCAAAAACAUAACUUUUACAAACAUAACCAAUCAAAGUAUGUUCAACCGCACAGAUGUCUUCAUCCAGCUGGAGAAGGACAUGACCACGUAUGCCUAUUAUUACUCUGCAAUCGGUGCUGGUGUGCUUGUUGCUGCUUAUAUUCAGGUUUCAUUCUGGUGCCUGGCAGCUGGAAGACAAAUAUAUAAAAUCAGAAAACAAUUUUUUCAUGCCAUAAUGCGACAGGAGAUUGGCUGGUUUGAUGUGCAUGAUGUUGGGGAGCUUAACACUAGGCUCAUAGAUGAUGUCUCCAAGAUUAAUGAAGGAAUUGGUGACAAAAUUGGAACGUUCUUUCAGUCAAUGGCAACGUUUUUCACCGGCUUCAUAGUAGGAUUUACACGUGGUUGGAAGCUAACCCUUGUGAUUUUGGCCAUUAGUCCUGUUCUUGGUAUGUCUGCUGCCAUCUGGGCAAAGCUACUCUCUUCAUUUACUAAUAAAGAACUCUGUGCAUAUGCAAAAGCUGGAGCAGUAGCCGAGGAGGUCUUAGCGGCCAUUCGAACUGUGAUCGCAUUUGGAGGACAGAAGAAAGAGCUGGAAAGGUACAACAGAAAUUUGGAAGAAGCUGAAAGAAUUGGCACAAGGAAAACUAUUACAGCCAACAUUUCUAUGGGUGGUGCUUUCCUGCUCAUCUAUGCAUCAUAUGCUCUGGCAUUCUGGUACGGGACCAGCUUGGUCAUCUCAGGAGAAUAUACUAUUGGAGAAGUCCUCACCAUCUUCUUUUCUGUCCUAAUUGGGGCUUUUAGUAUUGGAAACACAUCUCCAAGCAUCGAAGCAUUUGCAAAUGCAAGAGGAGCAGCUUUUGAAGUCUUCAAGAUAAUUGAUCAUAAGCCAAACAUUGACAGCUAUUCGAACAACGGACACAAACCAGAUAAUAUUAAGGGAAAUCUGGAAUUCAAAAAUAUUCACUUCAGUUACCCAUCUCGAAAAGAAAUUAAGAUCUUGAAGGGCCUCAACCUGGAGGUCCAGAGUGGGCAGACGGUGGCCCUGGUUGGGAACAGUGGCUGUGGGAAAAGCACGACGGUGCAGCUGAUGCAGAGGCUCUACGACCCCACAGAAGGCGUGGUCACUAUCGAUGGACAGGACAUUAGGACCAUAAAUGUAAGGUAUCUGCGGGAAAUUAUUGGUGUGGUGAGUCAGGAACCUGUGUUGUUUGCCACCACAAUAGCCGAAAACAUUCGUUAUGGCCGGGAAGAUGUCACCAUGGAUGAGAUUAAGAAAGCUGUCAAGGAAGCCAAUGCUUAUGACUUUAUCAUGAAACUGCCUAAUAAAUUUGACACCCUGGUAGGGGAGAGAGGGGCCCAGCUGAGUGGUGGACAGAAACAGAGAAUCGCCAUUGCCCGCGCCCUGGUCCGCAACCCCAAGAUCCUCCUGCUGGACGAGGCCACGUCCGCCUUGGAUACUGAGAGUGAAGUAGUGGUUCAGGCAGCCCUGGAUAAGGCCAGAAGAGGCCGUACCACCAUUGUGAUAGCUCAUCGUUUGUCUACAAUCCGUAAUGCUGAUGUCAUCGCUGGUUUUGAGAAUGGAGUCAUUGUGGAGAAAGGGACUCAUGAGGAACUCAUGAAAAAGAAAGGCGUUUACUUCAAACUUGUCACAAUGCAGACAAAAGGAAAUGAAGUUGAAUUAGAAAAUGCAGCUGGUGAGGCCAGAAAUGAGAUGGAUGCCUCGGAAGUGUCUCCAAGAGAUUCAGGAUCCAGUCUAAUAAGACAAAAGUCAACUCACAGGAGUGUCCAUGGAACACAAGGCCAAGAGAAAAAGCCUAAGGAGAAAGAGGGCCUGAGUGAAAAUGUGCCUCCAGUUGGCUUUUGGAGGGUUAUGAAGCUGAAUGCACCUGAAUGGCCUUAUUUUGCAGUGGGUAUAUUUUGUGCCAUUAUAAAUGGAGGCAUGCAACCAGCAUUUUCCGUUGUAUUUUCAAAGAUCGUAGGGGUUUUUAUCAGAGAUGAUGAUCCGGAAACAAAACGACAAAACAGUAACUUGUUCUCACUGUUGUUUCUAGUCCUUGGAAUGAUUUCUUUCAUUACAUUUUUUCUUCAGGGCUACACAUUUGGCAAAGCUGGAGAGAUCCUCACUAAGCGGCUUCGAUACAUGGUUUUCAGAUCCAUGCUGAGACAGGAUAUGAGCUGGUUUGAUGACCCUAAAAAUACCACUGGAGCUUUGACGACCAGGCUUGCCAACGAUGCUGCUCAAGUUAAAGGGGCAACAGGCUCCAGACUUGCUGUGAUUGUCCAGAACGUAGCAAAUCUUGGGACAGGCCUCAUUAUAUCCUUAAUCUAUGGCUGGCAGUUGACACUUUUACUCUUAGCCAUUGUGCCCAUCAUUGCAAUAGCAGGGCUUAUCCAAGUGAAGAUGUUGGCUGGAAACGCACUAAAAGAUAAGAAAGAGCUAGAAGGUGCUGGGAGGAUUGCUACCGAAGCAAUUGAAAACUUCCGGACCGUUGUCUCCUUGACUCGGGAAAAGAAGUUUGAACAUAUGUAUGGACAGGGUUUGCAGGUACCAUACAGAAACUCAUUGAGGAAAGCACACAUCUUUGGACUCACAUUUUCCUUCAGCCAGGCAAUGAUGUAUUUUUCCUAUGCUGCCUGUUUCCGGUUUGGUGCCUACUUGGUGGCAAAUAACUUCAUGAGGUUUGAGGAUGUUCUCUUGGUGUUCUCAGCUAUUGUCUUCGGUGCCAUGGCAAUGGGGCAGGCGAGUUCAUUUGCUCCUGAUUAUGCCAAAGCCAAAGUGUCAGCGGCCCACAUCAUCAUGAUCAUUGAAAAAACCCCUCUGAUGGACAGCUAUAGCACAGAGGGCCAAACGCUGAACACGUUAGAAGGAAAUGUGACAUUUAACGAAGUCGUGUUCAACUACCCGACCCGGCCAGACGUGCCCGUGCUUCAGGGGCUGAGCCUGGAGGUGAAGAAGGGCCAGACACUGGCGCUGGUGGGCAGCAGCGGCUGUGGGAAGAGCACGGUGGUCCAGCUCCUGGAGCGGUUCUACGACCCAGUGGCCGGAUCAGUGCUCCUUGACAAAAAAGAAAUAAAGCAGCUGAACAUCCAGUGGCUCCGAGCACAAAUGGGCAUCGUGUCCCAGGAGCCCACCCUGUUCGACUGCAGCAUCAGUGAGAACAUCGCCUACGGAGACAACAGCCGGGUCGUGACCCAGGAGGAGAUUGAGCAGGCCGCCAAGGAGGCCAACAUCCACCAGUUCAUUGAGUCGCUGCCUAACAAAUAUAACACCAGAGUGGGAGACAAAGGAACUCAGCUCUCUGGUGGCCAGAAGCAGCGCAUUGCGAUAGCACGUGCCCUCGUCAGAAAGCCUCGGAUUUUGCUUCUGGAUGAAGCCACGUCAGCUCUGGAUACAGAAAGUGAAAAGGUUGUCCAAGAAGCCCUGGACAAAGCCAGAGAAGGCCGCACCUGCAUCGUGAUCGCCCACCGCUUGUCCACCAUCCAGAAUGCGGACCUGAUCGUGGUGUUUCAGAACGGCAGGGUCAAGGAGCACGGCACCCACCAACAGCUGCUUGCCCAGAAGGGCAUCUACUUUUCCAUGGUCAAUGUCCAGUCUGGAGCUAAGCGCUAGUAAACUGUGACCAGAUAAGCUGUUAAAUAUUUUCUAGUGUUUGUAUUAAAAUAUGGCAUUUAAUCAAAGUUAAAAAGGGAACACUUACUGGAAAAACCAUGUAUAGUUACUUAUUUAAAGUUCAUUCUAUCAAGUUCUUCAAAGAAUUUAUAAUUAAAGAAAUUAGAAGAAACAUUAUCAAAUAGAAUAAAUAUUUAAUUGCAUUAGAAAUUUAUAUAAUAAUUCAAAGUAGAUUUUGGUAAUAAAAUCUGUAACUUUUGUUUUUAUUGCCUACUUAGACUGUGUGUAACUGACUGCCUUGCUAAAAGUAUUAUAGAAGAAGCAAAAAGUGCUGAAUGUUUGCAUGAAGUGCCUAUAAUAAAACUAAGCAUUUAUAUGACUG